AUGAUCACCCCCCAUACUGAAGAAAAAAAAAAUCGUCCCACCACCGGCUUCUCUCUCCGGGAACACACCAUCUCCAUCGCUGACCACUUCCCUGAAAUUGUGAUCGAAAUUUACAUCCCGCCACCUGUUGUGAAGCUCGGCCCGCCGUCUCCAUCAAACCCCUUGUUCGGCUCGUCAAGCACCAAAUGGCGGGCUCAAAAUCUAAAUCCCCAUCCAGCAAAACAUCUUCUUCUACCUCGAAGCCAACAAAUAAGUCAUUGCCCAUUCGUGAAGCAUUUGAAGAAAGAUAUUGUAAAGCUUUCAAACUUCUACAUAAAGAAAGGGCUAGCAGUAAUUGCAAAUUCCUCAAACUCUGUAACUACUUAUCCACAGGAUGGACCAAAAUUCAUGGCUGAGGACACUAAGUUAUUUAACUACCCUUUGCUGUAUCUCUAUGAUGAGUCCCAAGAUGUGGCGAGAAACUUUGGAGUUGGUUACGCCUGA